AUUGGAUGCAACAAAAUUUCAUGCCUCAAAAUCGCAACGGCAAUUGAUCAACAGAUUUAAUCGAUUUCUUGAAGGAACAUAUGAUCCUUCCAAUACGCAAGAUACCGAUUCAAACAGGGAUAAAUCGAAAUCUAAGAAGCGUACCGAAAAAACUUUUGAUUUGAUUGGAGUAAUCCAUGAAGCAGAGUGUCGAGUAGAUCUGAAACAUAAAUUUAAAAUUACGAUUGAACAAUCUUCUUUUACUCAAGAAAAAUAUCAACUCUACUACAAAUAUCAAACCAAUAUUCAUAAUGAUACUGAAGUAUCUGAAGGAGGUUUUCGAAGAUUCCUUGUGAAUUCCCCACUAAAAUAUGAACAGCAAGUAACUCCAAAUACACCGGGAUAUGGCUCAUUUCACCAAAAUUAUUACUUGGACGAUAAACUUAUUGCUGUUGCCGUUCUUGACAUACUACCAAAAUGCGCAUCGUCUGUUUACUUUUUUUAUGAUCCGGAUUUUAGUUACCUACAGCUCGGGAAAUACAGUGCUCUUAGAGAAAUAUCAAUGACCCUUGAAUUGUAUGUUGCAGGACUGAAAGAUUUACAUUGGUACUAUAUGGGAUAUUACAUUCACAAUUGUCAAAAAAUGCGUUACAAGGGAGAAUACAAACCAUCUGACCUUCUAGAUCCUGAGACUUAUGAAUGGUACCCAUUUGAACACUGUUCCAGUCUUUUAGACCAACACAAAUACGUAUCUUUUUCAAAUCCAGCUUCUAAUGUUCAAUCUGCAAACCAUGAAACUUCUGGGCAAUGUGCAGAAAACAGUGAGAGGCCGUCACCAGGCAUGCUUGAUCCAAAUAAGGUCACAGACAAUGAUAUCAGCGAUGUGUUGGUGUAUGUUGAUGGAACCGUGAAGCGUUUUAAU